AUGCCUCGUACCAAUACUGGACCAGCACCAUCGAUUUCAUAUUCACCAACUGAUACAGUCAUUCCUCCACAAUUAUACGAUAAAGUAUCGGAUUUGGAAAUGUAUAAGAAGUUACAAGAAGCUGAGCGUCAGGUUGAUUUAUUGAUUACGAAAAAAGGAUUGGAUUUCCAGGCCAUACAUGCAAAAUCGAUACAACCAUCCAAUUUCAAGAAUGAUACUGGUAUUUUAAGGGUAUUUGUUUAUAAUACUUGCGAAAAUCAACCAUGGCAAAGACAAUUGUUACAAGAACAAGGACAACCAGUUCCUGACCCUACAGCAGCAGAAUCUUUGUGGACAUUAAGGGUUGAAGGUAGAUUUAUAAGUGAUGAAAAUAAUAGCGAACAGCAAAAUUUAAAAUUUAGUAAUUUUUUAUCGGGAUUAUCGAUUGAUUUACUACCAAAUUCAGACUACCCAGAUUUACAAAAUUCCCAAUUAAAUUUAAUUGAAUACAGAGAUGAAACUAGUCAAAUACCAGGCAUUAAUUCAUUACAAGCGGCUCAAGCCCGUCAACAAUUUGAUGGUUUUGAUGUUAAAAGACCUGGUGUUUUCAAUAUUAAAACUAAAAUAGCUUUAAUGGUUAAAGAUCAAUCUGGUAAGUUGAAAUUGAGUGAUGAAAUGGCUCAAUUCAUUGGUAAGAAAGAAGCUACUCAACAAGAAUUAGUUUACUUGGUUUGGCAAUAUGUCUUGUAUAAAGAUUUAUUCAAAAACCGCGAUUCUUUCCCGAAAGUUCCCGCAGUAAGCGCUUCAAGUAUUGCCAAUAGUAAUGGUAUAAGCGUUAAUCAAAACGGAGAAGAAGAAGACUUAAGUAUAAUCGAAAGUGAUGAAAUUUUAAAAUCUUUGUUAAAAGUCGAUAAUUUUAAAUUCAACGAUUUAUAUAAACUUUUACAACCUCAUUUCAGACCAAGAGAACCAAUUAUUUUGGAUUAUGAAAUAAAUACAAGACAAUCAUCAACUUUGGGUGAGGUCGUCAUCGAUAUACCAGUUGAAUUGCCUGCAUCAAUAACAAGAUUCCAGGCUGAAAUCAUUGAAUCAAAUAAAAAAGCGUUUGAAAGCAUGACUAAAGCCGAUUCAAUGAUUCAAAGCUUGAAUCAAAGAAUUUCCUUGGGUAUUGUCAGCUUACAAAAUGCAAACCAGAGAGAGAUCUUUUAUAGAGAAUUGAGUAAUGAUCCAGUUAAAUUCAUUGAAAAGUGGGUUGAAUCACAAGCCGAAACUUUGAAAGCUUUGAAAAGUGAUGAAGGAUAUGAUGAAGAGGUUGUUAGAAGAUCUCAGUACUUCAAAGAAAAUGAAGAUUUAUUAAAACUGAAAAUCGAUCUUAUGUUGGGUGCUCAAAAGUACUAG